AUGAUGAGAGUGACACAACUGUGCAUGACGCUGUUGGUGGCCAUGCUGCUGAUAGGGGGAGCUGUGCAUGCGGAGCCCAAGGCCAAGCCUGACAAUACAUGCCGCUCGGCUGGAGUCCUCAAGUUCGACCCGAAGACACACCCCAUGCAGCGCACUAAGGGGAUGGAGGUGUGCAGCAAGUACCGUAAGAGCACGUGCUGUAAUGCCACUCAUGCUCAUGCUCUCCGCCUGAAGAUUCGGGAACCAGUGGUGGCCAAGUUUAGUCGCAAAUGCCAGGCGCUGACGGAGGAGAUGGCCUGCUCGUCUUGCCACCCGCUGAUGGGGACGUGGGAGAUGAAGAACGUGUGUCCGAGUCUGUGCAACGACUGGUACGAUGCCUGUAAGGACGAAUAUUACGCUUACGGAGGAGCUGGCACGUUGGCUCCAUGCUACGGCAACGCACUGGUGUGCUCGCCACUCAAGUCCAUUGCCAACUCUGGUGCAGACUUCUGCGUCCACAUGGGGUUCCACGUGGGCAGCGACUCGGAUGCCGAGGGCAUCGACUGCUUCGACGGAUCUGUACCUGAGUUGCUUGGCGAAGCAGAACCUACUGAGCCGUGGCAAAUGCGACUGAAGCGGAUGUUGGAAGAGGAAGCGGAGAAUCCGUCUGGAUUAUUCAUCGCAGGCUGCUUCGUUCUGGUUACGAUGAUUCUGAUGGGAGGGAGACUUGCUAGGCAGUUUGGAGAUCCCUUUGGUGGUGACCAACUCAACCUCAUGGAAGUGCGUCGCUUACAGCAGGAACGUUAUGAACGUGGUGAGCAGAUGUACGAUGAUGAGACCGAUAGUAGCAGCGACGAGGAGCACGCACCAAGGACAACGAUCGACCAGGCAAACGACGAGAGUGAAACCAGCACGUCAGCUACAUCAUAA